AGGCCGCGAGGUUCGAAAGGGCGGGAAAGGCAGUUGGAGCCGGAGGGACGAGCGGUUACUCACUCCAUGGCGGCGGAAAGGAGAGGCAGCAGCGGCCUCGGCUGAAGAGAGAAGGCGGGAGUGGAGAGCGCAGGCGCGGUUGCGGACGACGCUGACGAUUUGCUUUGGGAGCUGGAGAGCUGUUGCCACCGGAGUCUGGAGCCAUGAGCGGGUUUAAUUUUGGAGGCACUGGGGCCCCCACAGGCGGGUUCACAUUUGGCACUGCAAAGACAGCGACAACCACCCCUGCCACCGGGUUUUCUUUCUCUACGCCUGGCACUGGCGGGUUUAAUUUUGGGGCUCCCUCCCAGCCCACUGCGAGCACCCCUUCUACCAGCCUGUUCUCACUCCCUACCCAAGCGCCAGCAACACAGACCUCAGGAUUCAGUUUUGGAACCACAACUCCUGCUACUGGAGGCACUGGGUUUUCCUUAGGGAUCAGCACCCCAAAGCUAAACUUGGGCAAUGCAGCUGCCACCCCAGCCACAGCACAGCCCACUGGCUUCGGGCUCGGUAGCAGCACCCUCACCAACGCCAUCUCCAGCGCCGUCACCUCCAGCCAGGGCACAGCACCCACCGGCUUUGUGUUUGGCUCCACCACCACCUCUUCUGCUCCAUCCACCACACCCGGGGGCUUCUCGUUCACAGGUGGAGGCACGACCCAGGCUGGGGGGACCUCCAGUUUCAGUAUUGGCUCCAUGGGGAGUUCGGCCCAGCCCACGACACUUGCCGGGUUGGCCUUCACUCCGGCCACACCGGCAGCCACUGGAGCAGGAACCACACAGCCAGCUGCUCCCGCACCCACUGCUGCCACCACCAGUGCUGGACCCACACUCUUUGCUUCGCUAGCUACUGCUCCGACCUCGUCUGCUGCCACCGGGCUCUCUCUUGGGACCCCAGCAACCACGGCUGGAACGUCUGGGCCUGGAAUGCUGGGCUUCAGCCUAAAGGGUCCUGGAGCAGCUCCCACCACGUCCACAGCGACAUCCACCGCCGCCACCACCACCAGCACCAGCAGCUUCUCCUUGAAUCUAAAACCCCUGGCACCAGCCGGGAUCCCCAGCAAUGCGCCCACUGCCAUAACCGCUCCGUCUGGCCCCAGUGCGGCCACUGGGGCGGCCACCAGUCCCGUGAUGACCUACGCCCAGCUGGAGAGUCUGAUCAACAAGUGGAGCCUGGAGCUGGAGGACCAGGAGCGGCACUUCCUGCAGCAGGCCACCCAGGUCAACGCCUGGGACCGCACGCUGAUCGAGAACGGGGAGAAGAUCACCGCCCUCCACCGCGAGGUGGAGAAGGUGAAGCUGGACCAGAAGAGGCUGGACCAAGAGCUGGACUUCAUCCUGUCGCAGCAGAAGGAGCUGGAGGACCUGCUGAGCCCUCUGGAGGAGUCCGUCAAGGAGCAGAGCGGGACCGUCUACCUGCAGCACGCCGACGAGGAGCGCGAGAAGACCUACAAGCUGGCCGAGAACAUCGACGCACAGCUGAAGCGCAUGGCCCAGGACCUCAAGGACAUCAUCGAGCACCUGAACACGUCCGGGGGCCCCGCCGACACCAGCGACCCGCUGCAGCAGAUCUGCAAGAUCCUCAACGCACACAUGGACUCCCUGCAGUGGAUCGACCAGAACUCGGCCCUGCUGCAGAGGAAGGUGGAGGAGGUGACCAAGGUGUGCGAGGGGCGACGCAAGGAGCAGGAGCGCAGCUUCCGGAUCACGUUCGACUGAGCCCGUGGCCGGCCGCAGGGCCGCGGGUUCCCAGAGUGUUCAGUGGGGGAGUGUGCGGUUACUGUCUAGCUUGUGUUUGCUAUGAAAUGCUGUUUGAUUGUCUGUUUCUUUCAAACAGUUGUGCUGCCGAGAGAA